AUGGCCACGGAUGGUACGACCGACGAGGCUGCUGAGACCAGCGAUACUGAUGAAACUACCAUAACCGCGGAUGGUACUGCUGAGACCAGCGAUACUGAUGAAACCACCAUGGCCACCGAUGGUACUGCUGAGACCAGCGGUACUGGUGAAAGCACCAUGACCACGGAUGGUACGACUGAGAAGGCUGCUGAGACUAGCGGUACUGAUGAAACCACCAUGACCACGGAUGGUACGACCGCCGAGGCUGCUGAGACCAGCGAUACUGAUGAAACCACCAUGGCCACCGAUGGUACGACUGAGGAGGCUGCUGAGACCAGCGGUACUGGUGAAACCAGCGUAGCCACCGAUGGUACGACUGAGGAGGCUGCUGAGACCAGCGGUACUGGUGAAACCACCUCGACGGAGGAGGCUGCUGAGAUCAGCGGUACUGGUGAAACCACCUCGACGGAGGAGGCUGCUGAGAUCAGCGGUACGACCGAGGAGGCUGCUGGGACCAGCGGUACGACCGAUGAGGCUGCUGAGACCAGCGGUACGACCGAGGAGGCUGCUGAGACCAGCAGUGCUGGUGAAACCACCAUGACCACGAAUGGUACGACCGACGAGGCUGCCAAGACCAGCGGUGCUGAUGAAACCACCAUGACCACGAAUGGUACGACCGAGGAGGCUGUUAAGACCAGCGGUGCGACCGACGAGGCUUCUGAGACCAGCGGUACUGGUGAAACCACCAUGACCACGGAUGGUCCGACCGAGGAGGCUGCGGAGACCAGCGGUACUGGUGAAACCACCAUUACCACGAAUGGUGCGACCGAGGAGGCUGCGGAGACCAGCGGUACUGGUGAAAUCACCAUGACCACGGAUGGUACGACCGACGAGGCUCCUGGGACCAGCGGUGCUGAUGAAACCACCAUGACCUCGGAUGGUAUGACCGAGGAGGCUGCUGAGACCAGCGGUACUGAUGAAACGACCAUGACCACGGAGGGUACGACCGACGAGGCUGUUGAGACCGGUGGUACGGAGGGAGGAACUGAGGGUGAGCGGACUAGUGGUGUUGCGGAGAGUUCGAGUACGCUUCCGGAGUGUAGCACCACGAGCACUCUCCCGGUGUGCGCGGAGGAGUGGGAGGCUGGUGGUCAUUAUAAGCCUUGUAGCCGAGUGAGGUACGAGGGUGCUGUGUGGGAGAAUGUGUUGGAGUCAUACCCAGGCUCGGGUGCGCCGGGAAAGAGCCAGGCGUGGUACCCUGAGGGCACGAUCCUUCAGUGCCAUAACGGUGUGUUGAGCCCGUUGGUGUUCGAGGUGCAGCUACAGUAG